AUGCCCAACUCCCUGAACGGCUGGAUCGUCAUCUUCGUCCUCCUCGUCUCCUUCCUCGUCUCCUUCAGGAACCGCAAGGGCUCGAGCGCCGACCAGCGUGGGCGGCCCUUCGAUCCUCCCUUCUCUCUCCACCCCCUCUCGCCCGUCCUUCUCCAGCGGAACGACGACGGCGCCGCCGUCGACGAUGAAGACCCCGCGCUCGGGCUCCAGUACGACUUCUACCGCAACACCUGCCCUGCUGCGGAAGAAAUCGUGAGGUCUUCCAUGUCCAGGAUCUACUCCCAACACCCCGACGUCGCCCCCGCGUUUCUCCGUCUCCUCUUCCACGACUGCUUCAUCAGGGGUUGCGAUGCUUCAGUUCUCCUGGACGAUAGCCAUGGAAACCGCAGCCACCCCAUCGAAAGGCAGGCCAUCCCCAACCGGACCCUCAAGGGUUUCGACAGGAUCGAUACCAUCAAGCAGGAGCUUGAAGAUCAUUGCCCUGGGGUUGUUUCUUGUGCCGAUGUUCUCGUGCUCGCCACCCGGGAGGGCAUCCUCCUGGCUGGUGGCCCAUUCUAUCCCCUUUUCACCGGCAGGAGAGACAGUAUUCAGUCCUAUUAUGCAGAUGCAAUGGCUGAAAUUCCUAAGCCCGAUGAUAAUGUCUUCCGGACGCUCCACCUGUUCGGUCUCAGAGGUUUUGACGAGAGAGAAACAGUCAGUCUCUUAGGAGGUCACAAUAUCGGCAAGAUCGGUUGUGAGUUCAUCUUAGAACGCUUGCACAAUUUCUUAGGGACAGGUCAGCCAGACCCAACCAUAUCUGCAGAUUUUCUUAGUGAGAUGAGACGCAACUGUGGAGACAGUCAGACCAGCAGCAAUAGCAGCAGUGGCUCUCCACUGCUCAUGGAAUCAACGAGCCUUACUAAGUCUGAUUUGGGUUUGACAUACUUCCCACAGUUAGCGACUUCAAUUUCUUCCGGAUCAAGCUUUGACACCCAUUAUUACCAGAGCUUGCUUAGAGGGAGAGGUCUUCUAUAUGCUGAUCAGCAGUUAAUGGCUGACGAGAGAACUGCAAGUGUCGUAAGGGCUUAUGCCUCAGAUGACGGAUCAGCCUUCAGAUUGGACUUUGCUCGUGCUAUGAUGAAAAUGUCAAGUCUUGGUAUAUUGUCUGGAUCAGAUGGGCAGAUCCGAAAAAAUUGCUCGUUUGUCGCCAACGGCAAUUGA